UAGGAUUUCAACAUCCUCUUCACUUCCUCCAAUCUGCCUCCUUCCCUCCAAAAACCCCAAAAUAAGAGGGAAAAAAGAAGAAGAAAAAUUGACCUAGACAGAGUUAAGGUUCUUAAUUACAAUACCUAAUUAGUUGUUUGGGAGAAUAGAUUUCCAUUAAGGCAAAACAUGGGCUCAUUGGUGGGGCAUGUAGCACCAGGGUUUGGCUUCUUUAUCAUAGGCCUGUGGCACCUCUUCAACAACAUCAGGCUCCACCCGCGGGCCCCGAGCUCGUACUCAUCGCUGCCGUGGUUCCCUGCCCCGAGGAUCAGGUACCUGGAGUUGUACGUGAUCUUUUUCGGUUGUUCACUGUACCUUGUAAUGGAACUCUUCGUAGGUCCUGCCAGGCACCAGCCCCUGGACCCUGAUGGCACCAUCUCUUCCAACCACCUCCGCAACUUUGAGCACUCGUUAGUCGCCCUCUCCUUCUUAACCUAUGCAGCCUUGGCCAUAGUCUUUGAUCGGGUGGCAAGGCCUGCAAAGGCUUGUUCCCGGGCCUUAUACGAUCUCACCCGGCUAGUGGGAGCAACGGCCUUCGCCCAGGAGCUCCUCCUCUUCCACCUCCACUCGACUGACCAUAAGGGCCUGGAGGGGCAAUAUCACCUGUUUCUCCAAAUUGUGAUCUUUGUCUCCCUCACCUCAACCUUGAUCGGGAUUGCUGUCCCGACGAGUUUCAUCAUCAUCUUUGUAAGGUUGGUUAGCAUCUUAUUCCAAGGAAUUUGGUUCAUGGUCACCGGCUUCAUGUUGUGGACACCAGAGCUUAUGCCUAAGGGCUGCUUCUUAAACAACGAGGAUGGCCAAUUGAUAGCCCGCUGCCACAACGAUGAAGCCCUCCGCAGGGCAAAGUCACUCGUGAACAUCAAGUUCAGCUGUUUUCUCAUGGGGGUCACGAUCUUCUCCAUAUCCCUAUAUCUCAUCCUUUCGAAGAUUUAUGGAGGCAAAGUUGAAUAUCGCUCUUUAGACACAGAAACAAAUGACAUGGAAUCGCAGAACAUAAGUAAACAAUCAUCAAAGAGUUUUAUUCAACUGGGUAAAAUGUAUAAGUAGACCUAACUAGAAAAAUUUGAACCAAUCACUUGAUCAUGGUGUACACAGUAUUUUGUUAUAAGUUUGCAAAAUUAUGUUGGAUUGGUGGUUAAGUUCCCAUAUGUUGGGAGAUAUGGAAGUAUUUUCAUCGAGACCAGGAAUGUUCACAAUUUAUUGGUUAAAAUUAAGGGUCGAUUGGGCAGCACUUCGCGCUGGGCAUGGAGUGCUUCCAAUUGGAAUCCUACACUGCUAAAAGCCAUUCACAUGGACUGUAGCCAACUAUAUUGUACAUCGUUGUUUGUAAGAUGUGGGAAUUCAUCAUUGUAUUUUUGUUUUCGGUGGAUAAUCAUUGUAUUUAACAUAUUCACCGGAAAAAAAAAUCAUUGUAUUUAA